AUACGCGAGUUUGCAGGAUUUAGUAGGAUACACGUAAUCGCAGAAGAAAAUAGCCAAGAAUAUUCAUCAUUGACAUUUAUUUGCGUGGACGGCACCGUAAUGCCAUUAGCGAAUGUUUGCGAUGGUAUCCCUCAUUGUCCGGACUCAUCGGACGAAGUCGGAACACUAUGCCGUCACGUUGUAUGUCCCACUUAUAUGUACAGAUGCAAUUACGGUGCCUGCGUGAGCCGUACGGCGCGAUGCAACGGUCUGGUGGAUUGUAUGGACGCUAGCGAUGAAGUCGCUUGUGACCGAGGCGCUAAUGAUAUUUGUUCCGACAAAGAUUUUCAAUGUUCGACUAUUUAUCAAGAAUGUAUACCUUUUGCCGAGGUGUGCAAUGGCUACAAAGAUUGCUCGGACGGGAGCGAUGAAAAUGCAAAAACCUGCCAAGAGUAUAUAUGUCCCGAGCAUACGUUUCGUUGUUCGUACGGAGGUUGCGUUCAUCAGGAAGUGGUUUGCGAUAGCGUGAAGGAUUGCGUCGACGGCACUGACGAAGACUCGAGGACUUGCGCGGCUGUCAAUUGUGAGGGUUACGAAUGUUCGCAACACGAAUGCCGAGAUCAAGAAUUCGCAUGCGAGAAUAGACGACAGUGUCUACCGAUGACGAAAGUGUGCGAUGGUACUCGACACUGCGCAGAUGCGUCUGACGAAAGUGCAAAACUGUGCGAAGCACGUGAAUGUCCUGAAAAUUGGUUUCGUUGCGCUUACGGCGGAUGCAUUCGGCCGGAGUUGAAGUGUAAUUCUCGACUUAAUUGUUACGAUUGGAGCGACGAAGACGAGUCGUUAUGUGGGAUAACGCUGCCUGAAGGUGCCUGCCGAUUGCCCGCCGCAAAAGCGGGAAUCCAUUAUAGCGUGAGUGGAUGCUCCAGAUGUCGGCCGGGCGAAGUCGUUCCCGAGCUCACUCGCCUUGACUAUGUUUGUGAUGUGAAAGGCUCCUUGCAAGGUGCCAGUGAAAUUUACUGUCAAAAUAACCGAUGGUUUCCCAGUGUUCCGAGUUGUGCCUUCAAGAAUGAAACGGAAGGUGUAACGUGUCCAGCACCGUCUGAGGCGCAUGAUGCGAUUAGACGAUGCGAGGCGAUGUGGGGUCCUCACAAAGGGUGGUUGCCUUGUGACCGGGCCCUCCCGGUUGCGGCAGCAUUGAUUGUAAAGGGUUGGAGUGUUGAAAAGGAAGAGACACUACCAUGGCAAGCCACCCUCUUCUCGCAUGAAGAUGGCCAGUGGACAUUCUUUUGCGGCGGCACGUUAAUAGCAGAACGUGUUGUGUUAACUGCAGGCCAUUGCGUUUGGAAGACUGCCGCAGAUACGAUACGCGUCGCUUUCGGGAUUCUCUCGAGUGACUUAAAUCAAAUAGGGGAAAACGCACAAGUGAUCGACGUGGAAAGCAUUGAGCUGCAGAACGCGUAUCAAGAUCACGAGAGUAAUUAUGGCUCGGACAUCGCGUUGCUAAUUUUGAAAAAAGCUGUGACUAUUACCACGGUUGUCGGACCAGUUUGCAUUCCUUGGGAUUCCAAUGCGAUAUUACUGGAAUAUCAGCGAAACAGUGGGCUUGGAUUAGUUGCCGGCAUGGGACUAACGGAGAACGACACAUUCAGUUCAGUCUUGAGGGUAACUACAGUGAAAAUUAUUUCCGACGACGAGUGUCGUAAAAACCAAAAUAGAGAUUUCCGGAAAUAUUUGACUUAUACUUCUUUCUGCGCCGGAUGGGCGAAUGGUACUGGAGUAUGCAAUGGAGACAGCGGCGGGGGUUUGGUGCUUCAGCGACCGAAUUCUAGCGUCUGGGAAAUUCACGGAGUCGUUUCCGUAAGCCCACGGAAAUUGGGUACCAAUAUAUGUGAUCCAAAUUUCUAUGCUGUUUUCACGAAGGCUUUUCAAGUAAAAACUUUGAAAAGUGGAAUACAAGUGAGUCCUGGAUUAAGUAUAACAACAUACGUGACUUACACAUUUAAAAGAAUGUCUAUAUCGCAUGCAAUAAUUCCGAUUGAGAUCAAUGGAAAGAUUUUCGAUUAUUACGUGAUAUCUACCUUGGCCACCGAGUAUAUCAGUAUCGAGCCGAAAUCAGUAGAUUUUGGUACUAUUGACAUUGGCUACUCCUCUGGUUUAAAAAUAGUAACAAUCCGUAACGAAGGAAACAAAAGUACUAGGAUUAAGUCUACUCCAAAUAUACGUGUUCCCAUCAAAGUGCAUGUAAUCGUGCCGAAAUUAGUAGUUUAUCAUCCAAAUACGACUGGAGAUUUUACUCUCAUCGAUUUUCCACCUACGAUAGAAAAUACUUGUAGAUACGAUACUUUCGUCCUGCGUAAUCUUUCAUCUCGAGCCUCCAGUUUUGUUGUCCUUGGUGAAAUCGAUAAUGAAGUAAAAUGUAUUCCGGAUAUCGAUCCCAAGCAACAUCCGACUUAUAAUAUCUUUGAAAUUCAUCCGUUUGAAGGGCGAAUAGAUCCAUUUCAAGGUAUCAUCUUUGAAGUAAAAUUUUCACCAAUAAAUAUAAUAUCGCAACGGAGAAAAGAACAAGAGCAAAAGCAUUGGAGAAAAUGUGAAAAUAAAUAUCCAAAUCAGAUGACUAGAGAUUUCAUGCAAUUUAUUAGAAUAGUCAGGGUACAUUGUAUCGAAUCAGAAAAUAUCACCAAAUCAAUGAUGGAAAUUUCAUCCGUAUUAGUGCCCUACACAUCAAGUACUGAUGCAGAAAUUUAUGAUGUGGUAAAGCUUUGCCUUUACGGUGAAGUAGAAGCGAUACAAUUACAUUUUGAACCUGAUAUUCUCUAUUUUGGAGACUUAAUUGUCGGCCAAAUAUCGCAGCGUGUGCUUCGUCUGACAAAUCCUUCUGUCAUUGCACCGAUAUAUCUAGAAUGUACACCAAAUGCAGCUGUACGUUGUUAUCCGAAGUGGAUGAAACUCAUGCCAAAAACGUCGAUCGAAGUUCUUGUUAAAAUUUGCGGCAAAGAAAGCAUUGAACCUUCUUUCAAGUUGUUCUUCAAUGUCGCAGCAGAUUCUUACGAUUUGACUGCAUCAAGACGAUGUUUCGGUAAAAUGAAAGUUGGAAGUUAUUUUGUUGUAUGCACGGUGAAUAUUAUUUUCAAGUCUAAAAAAGGACUUUUAAGUGAUUCAAUGAUCUUACAACCAGGCUCGACGAUGACAAAAUUAGUCGAGUAUUUUGCGGACGAAGUUGGCAAGUUUAAUGGAUACAUCAAUUAUGUGAUUAAUCAUAAUCACUCUUUCGAACUCAAUAUUACUGCUUGCAUUGUUCGCAAACAAUUGUAUAUCGAUAAAAGAGAGAUUGAACUUGGAAAAGAAUGGUCGAGAGCAGAAGUGUAUCAACCAGUAACUUCUAUUGUUCGAAUUAUAAAUAAAUUGAACGCUAAAAUACGUUUCAGGUGGGAAGUACCAGUGAUGUCCGGGUUCUAUAUAGAACCGAAAUCGGGUUCAGUGCGAGGGAACGCUACCUUACACGCUUACGUGUACUACGAAUACGAUAAUAUGAAGGACAAUUAUACUCAAGCGAUAAUGACGUGCGAAAGCGGAAGUCGCGUGUCUUUGCGACUUAGCGCACCACGAUUUGUGCCGAAGGUUGAAUUCGUCAAUGACCACGUAAAUCUCGGGGAAAUAGCCCUCAAUUUUUCAACAAAGGUGAUCGCCGUUCUGCAAAACUUUGAAUUCAACGAGGUGACGUACGAGAUAGAUAGUGCUUCACUGAUACGCGGUUGCAAUGUUAAUCCAUUGCGAGGGAAAAUAUCUCCGCGCGGUAUUGCAAUUCUUGAGGUGAAUCUUACGUUCGACGUUUGCUGUCGCUUUACUACCGUAAUUGCCGUUACGAUUCAAGGGUGCCUACAGUUACUGUAUAGGAUAAAUGGUAAUGUGUCAUUUCCGCGAUUGAAGCUUGUACCGCAACGAAUAGACAUAAAACGCCUCAGCAUCGAUGCCCUUCAAACUCACCAGAUAACAGCCACGAACGUUGGGACAACGUUAUUGAAACUGCAGAUUUUGUUGGAAGAGUAUCCCGAAUUUCGCGUCUCUCUGUUAGUAAAUAACAAGAGUUUGGAAAUAGGUACGGAAGGGAUAACCAUCGCCCCAGGUACAAGUCAAAAUCUCUAUUUGCAUUUUCAACCAAUCGAUUUGGCUAGCUGCGCUUUCUAUCUGCCGAUUGUGAUAAAUGAGCUACUUGGUCCUAUAUCAAUGUUGAAUCCCAAGAGCAUUAGACCAGCGGAGUUUUUAAAAUCGCAUGAAGCUCAUUACAUGCAUUUAUCGAGUUUUGCUAUGACGACGUUACCUGAUAAACUACCGACUGUAUCUAUCGAUUAUACCGUGGCUGGCCGCGUUAUUUUCUUCAGCAAACUUUUAUUCCGAUUCAACGCUUUGACUAACGAAAUAAAUUCGAUUUGGCAAACGUUAGUCAACGAUCGCAUCGUCGUCCAGUGGACAGCUCAAGGAGAAUGCAUUUGUUCAAAUCAGAGAAGCGGCGUAAGAGAUACUUGCCCAUUUAAUGUCAGCAUACCUAUACCAUCUUGUAACGUUCAGCUUCGGAGUUGUGUAAUUGAAAUGUUUAAAAAAACUCUCGACUCGCGGGAACGUCUAUUUUGGUCCAAAUAUUCAAAUACCUACAUCGAACUACGAUUAAUAAAGUGGUUGAUGGGACGUGACACUGAUUCUGCGGCUCUGGAAUUUGUGCAUAUUUUUAACACCGCAGUAACAUAUAAAGUUACGAUUUCGGAUAAAUCAAAUUCUCUUAUUCUACCAGAAUGUUUUACUAUACAAGGCAAGUAA